AUGGAUGAUCUGCCAAGGGAUGAAGGAAGAUCCCAGACACACCCUUCAGAUCGGAAUUGGCCCUCCCAUUUGGAGCAGAAGUUCCAGUCCCUGUCCCUGACUAAACAGGAAAGGAAUUUUGAUUCUGCAUAUUCUUCCCUUGAUUCUAGGGAAGUUGGUCAUUCAUUGCAGGCUGCUCAGACGUUAUGGUCUAGUGGAUCCCUUUCAGGUCCAAUACCCAAUGGUUUUUAUUCCAUUAUUCCGGAAAAGAGACUCAAGGAGCGUUUUGAUACCAUACCUUCUCCUGAUGACCUUUAUUCUCUUGGAAUAGAAGGAUUUAAGGCUGAGAUUAUCCUUGUGGACAUAGAAAGAGAUAAAAAACUAUCUGCCUUAAAGCAGCUAUGCACAGCACUGGUAAAAGGAUUGAAUUCAAAUCCUGCUGCAAUGAUAAAAAAAAUUGCAGGUUUGGUUUUUGACUUCUACAAUCGACCAAACCCACAUCUCAGUCCUGCAAGAACUUCCUCUGAAGAACUUUCUCAUUUCUUAGAAAAUAGAGGAGUUCAAUUGCUGGGACAGAUAAGACAUGGAUCUUGCAGGCCCAAAGCUAUAUUAUUUAAAGUCCUUGCUGACUCAGUUGGUAUAGAUUCUAAACUGCUGGUGGGCAUUCCAAAUGAAGAACCUCAUGGAUAUGAUGAUUCGUCCAAACAUAUGUCUGUUGUGGUCAUGCUGAAAUCUGCAGAGUUUCUAGUUGACCUGAUGCGUUUUCCAGGACAACUAGUUCCAUUUUCAUCCAAAGCUGUUAUCACAUCCCAUAUGUCUGCAGCUGGAGAAAGUGAUUCAGCCGACUAUGAUUCCUGUGAUUCUCCUCUUGAACCAAAUAGCCCUCUAUGUGCUCAAAGGCAAGAGCAAGAUGAUGGCAAUAGAUCCUUCAAAGUCCUCUCACUACGAAACAUCAUGCUCAAAUCGACAAAUUCUAUGGAUGGUAAAAUGAGUGGUUCAUCGCAUAGUGAGCCGAAUGUUGCAAAUGCCUUCUGUGGUCGCAGCCGCGAUAAAGUUGUGAAUGAACAUCAAAGAACUGCAAGUUCAAGUCCAGAGCAUCCACUGUACAGAGUUCGUGGGCGCUCAAUGCUGGGUGAUAGACAAUAUGUACUGCUUUCUUUUGCCCUAAUUAAACAUAUUUUGCUUGAUCAUAGGUCAGAUGGCGCAUCAACAUCGAAUGCACAUAGAGCACGGAGGAGUACUAAUAUUACUCCUGAAAUCAGUGAUGAUAUUGUGAGAGCAGUUCGAGCAAUGAGUGAAAGCAUGAGACAAAAUCGCCUUUCAAGGGGGCAGAAAGAUGGUAGUCUUGGUCCCUCAAAUGACUCACUGAAACAUGAACCUGCUGGUGACUCCAAUGACGAUGAAGUAUCCACAAGACGACCAAGUGCACUGGAGAGUUUGAGAAGACAAUUUAAUAGUCAGACAGCUGUGUCAUUGCCUUCGUCGCCCCAUAGGUCAGGUAUUCUUGGCUCUGACCUCGGGAGCCCAUCUGACUAUACAGAAGCAGAUCUGGUGGCAACCUGGAAUGAGGUGCUGCAGUCUUCACCAUUUCUGAACAAGCCUUUAUUGCCAUAUGAGGAAUGGUGCAUUGAGUAUUCAGAGAUUACUGUUGGCACUCGUGUGGGAGUAGGGUUUUUUGGAGAAGUCUUCCGUGGCCUCUGGAACGGAACAGAUGUAGCUAUAAAAGUAUUCCUGGAGCAAGAUUUAACAACGGAGAAUAUGAAAGAUUUCUGCAAUGAGAUCUCAAUACUUAGCCGACUUAGACACCCCAAUGUCAUACUCUUUCUUGGUGCAUGUAUGAAGCCUCCUCACUUAUCCCUAGUCACUGAGUACAUGGAAGUGGGUUCUUUGUAUAGUUUGAUUCACUCAAAAACACAGAAAACUAAGCUCCAUUGGAAGAGGAGGUUAAAGAUGCUCCGUGAUAUCUGUAGGGGUCUCAUGUGCAUGCACCGACUAAAGAUUGUUCACCGUGACCUCAAGAGUGCAAAUUGUCUUGUUAACAAAUACUGGACAGUCAAAAUAUGUGAUUUUGGGCUCUCUCGAGUAAUGUCAGAUUCUGCGAUGAAUGACAACUCGUCUGCGGGAACUCCAGAGUGGAUGGCUCCUGAGCUCAUCCGCAACGAGCCAUUCACAGAAAAAUGUGAUAUCUUCAGCUUCGGGGUUAUCAUGUGGGAGCUUUGCACUCUUUGUAGACCUUGGGAAGGAAUCCCACCUGUUCAGAUCGUUUACUCUGUUGCGAAUGAUGGGGCAAGACUGGAAAUACCAGAUGGGCCUCUUGGAAGCUUGAUAGCGGGUAUGAUUUCUGUUCCUUCUAUGAAAGGGUAG